AUGCAGGAUGAGAAGGGGCGAGAAUGGUCAGGACCCAGCCGAGCUCGGACUCGACGGGUGUAUCGAAGCAAGAGCGACUCGGAGAUCCGAUACUGCGUCGGCGAAGAGCCGCCCGAGGCAGCCGGAACCGCCAAUUACAUCAAUCGGGAGGGCGGACUCAGCAAGAUCGUCCUCCUCAAGGCGGUGGCGGGCGUGAGCAGGCGGCCCGAGGCGUGCAGCCUCCGGGUGUGCGAGGUCCUCUUGAACAUCCUCCACCUCCUCGUCGACAUAGGGAUGUUGAGGCCGGAGAAGAACUUGGAGGAGAGGAGCAGCCGGAGGAAGGACAGGGCGCAGGAUAACCUCCAGCUCUUUCUCUCUUCGGUCGUCAGGUUCGGAAUGCCACCGGUCGUAUCGGGUUGCUUUGAUGGGGAGUGGGAAGAUGUAAGAGCGUGCUUGUGA